AUGAGCAGGGAAGGAGACUGGAUAUGCUCUGCAUGCAAUCACUUCAACUUCAGGAAGCGCAAUUCGUGCCAGCGAUGUACCUGUCCCAAAGAUGCUACGGAAGCUGAUUUAUCGUCGUAUGGACUGCACAAAUCAGAAGUUUUGCCCGGAGACUGUUAUGCACAAGACCCCAGUGUGCUUCCUGGUUGGAAAACUGGUGACUGGAUUUGCAACAGAUGUGGCUUGCACAAUUAUGCUAGCAGGGUGGAGUGCUUCAAAUGCAACUCACCUAGGGAUUUUGGAGGAGCAAUGUGCGGAAGCUGA